AUGGCUGCCACAUCAACUCCCUUCUCCCGCCCCAUCACAGAUUCCAGCACGGGGACAUUAGGACGCAAAAGAACCAUUGGACUGGGCGACUUGCAGUGGAUGAGUGCUGAUCGUGGUAUUGUCCACUCGGAGAUGUCGGCCAAGUCUCAGAUCUGCACUCAUGGACUCCAGAUGUGGAUCAAUUUGCCCAAGGAGCACAAAAUGUGUGAGCCACAGCACCAGGAACUCCUCGACGGUCAGAUCCCGCGCGCCAGACCUCAGGAUGGUGUCGUCGUCAAAGUCAUCCCCGGAGUAUCUCACGGCGUCAAGUCUCAAAUCUAUACCAACACCGACAAUAUUUCUUGA